UAUGAAAAAAAAAUCCACAUAUUCCUAGAAAAAAAUACAGUAGUAUUUAUACAGGAAGCUUAUUUUGGAGAAAUAGGCAAACUUUAGCAUGAAAUCAACUUCAAAAACUACAACUCCCAGAAACUCCCAUGGUAGCUGAGCUGGAAAAAUCCUGUAGUUCCUUUACCAAAUGAAGGAUCACGGGUUAUUUGUGCUUUAUUUGUUGCUUUAAUGGCAUUGAGAUCUAGUCACUGUUUUACCUUAAAAGAAUAGCUACUCACACACCCACAUUUAAAUAGAUUAUUUAUCCAUUAAAUAGAAAGUGAAAUAAUGACAUUGCCCAGUGAUGACAUUAUCCACAUUAGUACCCAUGUACAAACAAAGGUCUUAUUUUAAUUGUGAGUGUCCUUUGUGGAAAUUCUACCACACCUUUCUGCUAAAUAUAUUAUUUAUGUUCUUAUUGAUACAGAUGCAGAAUCCCUUGUGUUUUAGCCUUGCCCAGACUAAAAAUGGAUAUGUGUGUAUGUGAGCGUAAAUCUGAGUGAUUAUAGGACCCUGUUCCUGCUGGUUCCAUCACUGCAGUGCUGUGCAAUAGAUGCUGGGGGGCUGAGCUGCCGCUCCACUCUCCUGCUCUCUGGCUUGCAGGUGUAUGGGGAUGAAGGAGAAAAGCUGACCGCAAAUUCUUAACCAUUCUGGAAGGGUCUUGUGUUAUCAUCUUGGAGAAAAAGGUAGUUGUGUGCAUCUGGUGACCAACACUGGACAGCCUGUAUGACACAAAUGCUCUUCUGUACAGCACUAAGCACCUAGAAACUGUACCAUACACUGCCUCCCUGGAUACAGAUUGGGAGUGCCUUUACCAACUGUACUGAUACUCGGACAUCUAGAGGAGUGUCCUUCUGUAUGCAGAAGAAGAUGUAAGGAAUGACAGAAAAGAAUAAUGAUUUCAGGUUUCUGAAUGGCGUUUGCAGAAUAAAAACAGAAAGAAUGUUCAGUUACCCACAGAAACAUAGUGUUGGCAGGAAUGGUCUACACAACAGAGAAAUGCUCUGUAGGAUAUUAUAAUACUCUUCAAAAAGGAACAACACCCUUUAGGAAAGAAUACCUAAAGGGAGAACACUCUGACUGGGCAAUACUGUCUCUGAUAUAGAAAUGAUGCUUUGUAGGCCAGACAAACCCCUUGCUGCAGACCAUUGCAGAAGACAUAGCUGUUUGUGACAAAUAUUCGUCCGAAAUGUGACCUUUUUCUGGGACAAUAUCCCCUUUCUCUCCCCUUCAUCCUUUUGACCUCUAGACCAUCCUAUUAUUCUGUCUAUUUUGAACCAAAGUAACCCUUUUCUACUCCAUUAACAUUUUUCUUGUCUCUCCAUUUUCCCUCUUUUGUUAAAUUCUCUCAUUUACAUUGUUUGCAGUUCAUUCAGAUUUUCCAUUGUUCACUAUCCCCAAUGCCUGUCCUUUUUAUUCUCCUGUAAUUCUUUCAGAACCCUGCUUUCUUUUUUAUGUAUGAUGGGUGAUGGUCCUGUAAGCAGAAGGGUGAUGGUGACCUUUAAUCCAAAUCAUCCCCAUGGAUACCUCCCUUCCCUCUCACACUUGGAACCUUUCCUUCAAUUCUUCAGGGGCCACAUCUCCCACAAACCCCCAGUAUGGGACCCUCUUUCUCAUGCUUCUCAUGGACCUUCUAGCAGUCGCUGGAAAUGUGGCAGUCAUGGGGGUCAUCAUGAAAACUCCAUCCCUCAGGAAGUUUGUUCUGGUCUUCCACUUAUGUGUGGUGGAUCUUCUGGCUGCCCUAACCCUAAUGCCUUUGGCCAUGUUGUCAGGGGGUGGGAGCACCUAUCUAUAUGAAGGCCAAGGUUUAGGGCAGAUGGCUUGCCGUGCCUACCUCUUCUUGAGUGUUUGUCUGACCAGCACAGGUAUCUUGUCUAUUUCUGCUAUCAACAUAGAAAGAUACUACUAUGUGGUACAUCCAAUGAGAUACCAAGUCAAAAUGACAAUGGGAUUGGUCAGCUGGGUUCUGGCUGGGGUUUGGGUCAAGGCCCUUCUGACUUCACUUGUGCCGGUACUGGGCUGGAACCCCCCAGCCUCUGGACACUGCAGUCUGCAGGGAGGGGGCAACAGUGUCUUCCGUGCAGGAUUUCUUCUGUUCUACUCUUCAUUCUAUUUUCUUUUGCCUCUUACCAUCAUCAUUGUUGUAUACUGCAGCAUGUUCAAGGUGGCACGGGUUGCUGCCCUUCAUCAUGGGCCUCUUCCUACUUGGAUGGACACAUCUCCUCAGCGGCGACGUUCAGAAUCCCUCAGCAGUCGUUCCACCAUGGUGACUGGUUCAGGUGGUACUCGUGGGACACCACAGCAGCGUCUGCCAGGUGGGGGAGGAGGAGGAAAAGCUGCAGCUGUCUUGGCUGCAGUAGGAGGUCAGUUUUUGCUAUGUUGGUUGCCCUAUUUUGGCUUCCACCUGUAUGCUGCACUGCGCUCUCCUCCUCCACCACCUGGAUCACGUGCAGAGUGGGUUGUCACCUGGAUGGGAUUCCUUUGCUUUGCAUCAAACCCUAUUUUCUAUGGAUGUCUCAACAGGCAAAUUCGUUUGGAACUGGGAAGGUGUGUAGGCUGCUUUUUUAAAAGAGGAGGUGCUGGAGAAGAUGAGCUAAGACUGCCCAGCAGGGAAGGCUCCAUUGAGGAAAACUUCUUGCAGUUCCUACAAGGGACUGGUUGCCCACCAGAACCUAGAGCCCCCACCCACAACAUUCCUAAAGGGGGACAUGCGGCUGUGGACUUUAGAAUUCCAGGUCAGAUAGCAGAAGAAACAUCAGAGUUCUUAGAGCAACCUUGGGAUGUGACAGCUGUGAACAGAAAUUGUAUCAGUACUAGCCCAUCUCCGAAAACAUAAACCAUUGCACCUCUUCCCAACUGCUCAUGACAAUCUUCUGGACAAAUGUGUGGAAUAAUGCAGACCCCCUUCCAAUUUUAAGUGUCCUUCCUAAGUUUAAAGGGCACACAAACAAAUUAUCUGCAACUUGUAUUGGCUAUUAAUACUCUCCAACUAUACAGAUUAUUGCAUAUUGCAUAGAAGCAGUAUUUCUGUCACUUGUCAGUCCCAUGGGGCUGAAUCAAUAACUUUUUUUAAUAUCAGAGCAUGUCAUUUAAAUAU